CGCGCCCGGGCCGGGCCGGCUGGUCUGGGCGGAGCGCGGGACCGCCGUAGGGGAAGUGCCGCGGUGUCGCCUGGAUUCCCGGGUGGCUGGGGGGCCUGGGUCGGGCGGGACCGCGAGGGGACAUGGCCGAGCCGGCUCCGUUUCCCGUGGCAUUUGAUGAUGUGGCCUUAUACUUUCUGGAGCGAAAGUGGGAAAUCCUGGAGAAGUGGCAGAAGGACAUGUAUCAGCAGGAAAUGAAGACCAAUUAUGAGAGCCUUGAUUCCCUGGGCUAUAUUUCUUCAAAGCCAGAUUUGAUCACCUGGAUGGAACAAGGAAGAAUGCUGUUAAUCAGAGACCAAGGACACUUAGAGAAAACACAAAUGACACUUAGCCUUUCUGGUGACCAGGGAACUCUCGGGGCAAAAGAGGAGGAAUGCCAUUUAAAUGGUCUCUAAGAGCAGGGCUUCUGUGCUCCCUUAUCCAAGGAGGAAAGAAAGAUUUUAUCAGAUCAAAGAGCCGCCUUACAACACCCAAGUCUCCAAGAAACAGAGAUUCUAAAUAAUAAAAGCCUCGAUAUCACAGCAUCUAAUCAGGACAAGAAUGAUCCACGGCAUAAGCCAAUGGGAACCCCAGAUCGCCUGGAAAUUCCACCAGGCCUGAGACUUUAUUCCUGCUUUGUCUGUAGGAAGGUCUUCCAGAUAAAGAGAGACUUUGUGAAGCACAGAAGGAACCACAGCGAGAGCCAGUCCUGUCAAUACCCGAAGCACAAAAACAAGUCCAGGGGGAAGGCGGAGCUCAGGUAGCUCCGGGCUGUCCCGUGUAAGCAGCCUUUCCGGCGCGGCGCGUGCGAGCAGAGCAGCUGUCUCAGGUGCAGCCUGGCCCUGCACCAGGUGGCUCGCCCGGGCCCGUGGCCCUUCCAGUGCCCUGAGUGUGGCAGGGCCUUCCGGUCCAAAGCCGCCCUGAACAAGCAUGUGUGUUUGCCCAGAGGGCAGAGGCGGUUUUCCUGCCGGGAGUGUGGCCGGGGGUUCACCCGGCAGGACGAGCCGGCCGAGCACCUGCGGGUGCACAGCGGGAGGACACCCUUCCAGGGUCCGCAGGGCGGCAGAGGCCCCUCGCGGGAGACGGCCGCGAGGGCCCACCAGCGGGCACACCGCGGAGACAAGCCAUUCUCCUGUGACGACUGUGAGCGGAAGUUCACCCACCGGAGCAAGCGCACCGAACACGUCCGAGUUCACACGGGGGAGAAGCCCUUCCGGUGGUCGGACUGCCAGAGAAGCUUCCGCCUCAAGAGCAGCGUGCGGGCCCAUCUCUGUCGGCACAGCGAGAGGAAGCCCUUCCGGUGCCCAGAGUGCGGCCGCAGCUUGUGCUGGAGGAACGCCAUGAAGGCGCACCAGCGUCUGCACAACCAGGAGAAGCCCUUCUCCUGCGGGCAGUGCGACCGGGGGUUCACCCGGCCCUCAAAGCUCGCGCGCCAGCGCCGCGUCCACGCCAGGCAGACGGCGUUCCCCUGCGAGCAGUGCGGGAGGACCUUCCCGCGGCGCUCGGGGCUCACGCGGCACCUCCAGGUCCACACUGAGGAGAAGCCCUUCUCCUGCGCCCAGUGCGGCCGGGGCUUCCACCGCCGCGCGCACCUCGCCUGGCAUCGGCGACUCCACGGCGGGGCCGAGCCCUUCCGGUGCCCCGAGUGCAGCCGGAGCUUCUCCUGGAAGGCCUCCCUGAAUCUGCACCGGCGGCAGCACGCGGGCGAGCGGCCUUUCCCGUGCGGCGAGUGCGGCAAGGCCUACGCUCAGCCGUCCCAUCUCGCCGAGCACGCGAGGGUCCACAGCGGGGAGAAGCCCUUCCGGUGCCCCGAGUGCGACAGGGGCUUCCGGCUCAGAGGGAACCUGAAGAGCCACCUGCUCCAGCACAGCGGCCAGAAGCCCUUCUCCUGUGCGACGUGUGGCCGAAGCUUCGCUCAGCGGUACAGGCUCACGGAGCACGUACGCGUCCACAGCGGCGAGAAGCCCUUCCGGUGCCCCGAGUGCGGCAAGAGCUACUGCCUCCGGGGAAGCUUGAAGGCGCACCUGCACACGCACAGCGGCGAGAAGCCCUUCGGGUGUCCCGAGUGCGGCAAGAGCUUCCUCCAGAAGAGAAGUCUGGAGACCCAUCUGCACCGUCACCGCGGGGAGAGGCCUUUUUCUUGUGCUGAGUGUGGAAGGGGCUUCACCUACCUGGGGGCGCUUAACACCCACAUUGCCAUGCACGCCAGGGAGCAGCCCUUCAGUCUCGAGGUCACUCCACUCAGAAAGCAGUGACAGCUCUGCGGUGGGGCCAUUGGCUCUGUUGGCGCUGGCUGAGGCAGGACGAAAAAUUCAGCCAACAUGCUUCAGCCACACUGGCCAGCAUGGAGCAGGCGGCCGUGAGGGCUCCUUGACGAAGGUUCCAGAUAAUCCAGGCACAGCGUCUAGAGACUGGAGGAAGGCAAGCUUUUUGUGGAAGGCGCUGGUCAUCCUGAUGUGAGAGUCAGUAUGCGGGCCUCUCACUGUUGUGGCCUCUCCCGUUGUGGAGCACAGGCUCCGGACGCGCAGGCUCAGCGGCCAUGGCUCACGGGCCCAGCCGCUCUGUGGCAUGUGGGAUCUUCCCGGACCGGGGCGCGAACCCGUGUCCCCUGCAUCGGCAGGCGGACUCUCAACCACUGCGCCACUAGGGAAGCCCGAAAAACUUUUUUUUUCAAGUGUUUUUCCUAACAGAUUUCCCUGCCUCUGGCUUUUUCCAGUAAUACAUUAUCACUCUUGUGACAAAUUGGUUUUUCUAAAAUGCAACUCUAAUGUUAUUCUCAAAAGAUAUUUUUAAGAAGUUUCCAAUUUUGUUAUAAGUGAAAACUCAUUUCUCCAAAGAAGACAUGAGGAUAGCACAUGAAAAGAUGCUCAACAUUGCUAAUCAUUAGAGAAAUGCACAUCAAAACUACAGUGAGGUACCACCUCACACCAGUCGGAAUGGCCAUGAUUAAAAAGUCUGCGAAUAAAUGUUGGAGAGGGUGUGGAGAAAAAGAAACCCACCUACACUGUUGGUGGGAAUGUAAAUUGGUGCAGCCACUACGGAGAACGGUAUGGAAGUUCCUUAAAGAACUAAAAAGAGUUAUGUGAUCCAGCGAUUCCACUCCUGGGCAUAUAUCCAGAAAGAUCUCAUUUGAAAAGAUACAUGCACUCCAGUUUUAUAGCAGUACUACUUACAAUAGCCAAGACAUGGAAGCCACCUAAGUGUACAUCGACAGAUGAAUGGAUAAAGAAGAUGUGGUAUAUAUACACAAUGGACUAUUACUCAGCCAUAAAAAAGAAUGAAGUAAUGCCAUUUGCAGCAACAUUGAUGGACCUAGAGAUUAUCAUAUGAAGUAAGUCAGACAGAGAAAGACAACAUAUGAUAUUGCUUACAUGUGGAAUCUAAAAAAUGAUACAAAUGAACUUAUUUAAAAAACAGAAAUAGACUCACAGACAUAGAAAACAAAUUUAAAAAACAGAAAUAUACUCACGGACAUAGAAAACAAACUUAUGCUUACCAAAGCGAGAGGAUAAAUUAGGAGUUUGGGAUUAAAAUAUAAAAUAGCCAACAGGACCUACUGUAUAGCACAGGGAAGUACGCUAAGUAUGUUGUAAUAAUCUAUAAUGGAAAAGAAUAUUAUAUAUUUAUAUUCAGAUAUAUAUAUCUGAAUCACUUUGCUGUACACCUGAAACUAACACAACAUUGUAAAUCAACUGUAUUUCAAUAAAAUUUUUUAAAAAUUAAAAAUAAAUUAGGGACUUCCGGUGGUUGGGACUCUGCGCUUCCACUGCGGGGGCGGGACAUGGGUUCCAUCCCUGUUAGGGGAACUUGGAUCCCACGUGCCUCGCAGUGCAGCCAAAAAAUAAAUAAAAAUUUAAAAAUAAAUGCAAACUCAUUAACAUGACAUAAAAGAACCUCUGAGCUGAACUGGACCUGCCUUUUCAGCCUAAUCUUGUUACCUAUUCACAGUAUGAAUUUCACUCAUACCAGAUGACUUUCAUCUUUCCCCAAUGCAUCAUAUCCUCAUGACUGCUUCCUCUGGAAUGCCUUUCCUGUCUCUUCUUCUGAACUCCUUCAUAUCCACCAUUCACUCUCAACACCAGGAACAUUUUGGGCACGUGCUCAUCUCUUCAUAGCAUCCUCUAAAUACCUCUCUCUAAUAGCACUCCCCACAUUCAACUGAAACCUUCCCUGCUUCCCCUGCCAUGCCCCCUGGAGGACAUGGAUUUGAUCUUGGUUUUACAUUUUCUCCAUCCAAACCAAGACAUUCUCUGGCUUAAUGCGUGGAUCUGUGAUAUACCCAACAACACCGUGGUGGAGAAGCACUGAACCGCUGACAGUACUUGAUUGUGGAUUUGAGGAUCCCAGGAGAGGCCACUGCAAAACAGCUGGACAGGAAUAGUUAACUGCACACAUCUCACACAUACACGAACUGAGUCCCACAAGAUAUCCAUCCUCUGGGUGAUUGGACAUUUAAAUUAUUUUCCUGUUUUUACUUUUAAAACAGUGCUGCUUUAGAGAUUCUAGGAUAUGGCUCUUUGAUAUGCAAAAAUAGCUCUGAGAUAAGAAUUGCUGGAUAAUAGGGUAUGUGCAUUUUCAUAAACAGAUAUUGCAUUUGCCUGACUAACAAUGAGAUGGAACAUUGUCGUGUGUUUAGCACCUAUUCGGUUUUUUUUUUUUUCCUUUCUGUGAAUUCAUAAUUUUGCACAUUUUCCUCUAGGGCAGUCUAUGAUUUUUAGCAGUUAUUUAUGUUUAUUUAGAUGCUAUUCCGUGUUGUAAAUAUUUUUUCCCAAUCUGUGACCUAGUUUUGGUUACUCUAUCAUGUCUUUUGAUCUCAAGUUUUAAAUUUUGUUUUUAAAUUGAAGUACAGUUCAUUUACAAUAUUAUAUUAGUUUCAGGUGUACAGCAUAGUGAUUCAAUAUUUUUAUAGGUUAUACUCCAUUUAAAGUUAUUACAAGUUAAUGGCUAUAUUUCCCUGUCCUGUACAAUAUAUGCUUGUUGCUUAUUUAUUUUAUACAUAGUAGUUUGUACCUCUUAAUCCCUUUCCCUUAUCGUGCCUCUCCCCUCUCCACACUGGUAACCACUAGUUUGUUCCCUAUAUCUGUGAGUCCUUUUCUGUUUUGUUAUAUCAUUCAUUUAUUUUACUUUUUAGAUUCCACAUAUGAGUGAUAAUAUAGAGAGUAUUCGUCUUUCUCUGCCUGACUUAUUUCACUAAGCAUAAUACCCGCUAGGUCCAUCCACACUGCUGCAAAUGGCAGAUUUUCAUUCUUUUUUAUGGCUGAGUAACAUUACAGUGUGUGUGUGGGGGGGUGUGUGUGGGUGUGUAUCACUUCUUCUUUAUCCAUUUUUCUGUUGAUGGACACUUACACUGCUUCCGUAUCUUGGCUAUUGUAAAUAGUGCUGCUGUGAACAUUGGGGUUCAUGUAUCUUCUCCAAUUAGUGUUUUCAUUUUCUUCUGAUAUAUACCCAAUAGUGGAACUGCUGGAUUAUAUGGUAGUUCUAUUUUUAGUUUUUUUUGAGGAAUCUCCAUACUGUUUUCCACAGUGGCUGCACCGAUUUCCAUUCCUACCAACAGCAUAAAAGGUUUUCCUUUUUUCCACAUCCUCACCAACAUUUGCUAUUUGUAGACUUUUGGAUGAUAGCCAUUCUGACAGGUGUGAGGUGAUAUCUCAUUGUGGUUUUGAUUUGCCUGUCUCUCAUAAUUAGCGAUGUUGAGCAUCUCCAGAUCUUCUGUCCAUUGAUGCAAGUGGGGUGUUAAAAUCCCUUACUAUUAUUGUAUUACUGUUAAUUUCUCCCUCUGUCUGUUAAUAUUUGCUUUAUAUAUUUAGGUGCUCCUGUAUUGGGUGCAUAUAUGUUAACAAGUGUCAUAUCCUCUUCUUGUAUUGAUCCCUUUACCAUCAUAUAAUACCCUUCUUUGUCUUUUGUUACAGACUUGGUUUGAAAGUAUAUUUUUUCUGAUAUUGGUAUUGCUACCCCUGCUUUCUUGUCAUUUCCAUUUGCUUGAAAUAUCUUUUUCCAUCUCCUCACUUUCAGUCUGUGUGUUUCUUUAGCUUUGAGGUUAGUCUCUUGUAAGCAGCAUAUAGAUGAGUCUUGUUAUUUUUGUCCAAUCAGCUACCCGAUGUCUUUUGAUUGGAGCAUUUAGUCCAUUGACAUUUAAAGUAAUUAUUGAUAAGUAUGUACUUAUUGCCAUUUGUUACUUGUUUUACAGUUGCUUUUGUAGUUCUCUGUUCUUCUGUUCUCCGUUUAGUUUCUUCCCUUGUGGUUUGAUGAUUUUCUUUAGUGGUAUGCUUGUGUCCCAUUCUCUCUCCUUUUUUGUGUAAUUAUUGUAGGUUUUUGAUUUGUGGUUACACAGGAGUCAUAUAUGUUUACCUAUAAUAAUAUCUAUUUGUUUUAACCAGGUAGUCAUUUAAGUUCAAACACAUUCUAAAAGAUCUCCACUUUUCCUCGCCUCCCCCACAUCUUGUGUUUUUGAUGUCAUCUUCUACUACUUCAUGUUUAUCCCUUUACUGAUUAUUGUAGUUAUAGUCAAUUUUACAUUUUUUUGUCUUUUAAUCUUCAUACUAGCUUAAGUGGUUGAUCCUCAGCCUAUACUAUAUAUUUGUCUUUACUGGUGGGAUUUUUCCUUUCCUCUAGAUUAUUGCUUCUUGUUAUAGACUCUUCUUUUCCACUUAAAGAGGACCCUUUAACAUUUCUUUUAGGGUAGGUUUAGUGCUGAUGAACUCAGUUUUUGCUUGUCUGAGAAGUUCUUUAACUUUCUUUCAAUUCUAAAGGAUAAUCUUGCUGGGUAGAGUAUGCUAGGUUGCAGGGUUUUCCCUUUCAGCAAAGUUUUAAAUUUUAAUCUAAUUUAAUGUAUUGGUCUAUCCUUUGCACUUUGUACUUUUUGUAUCUUAAGACUGUGUGUAUAAAAAUA